AUGCAGCUUCUCACGUGGUUGCCAGGGGUGUGUCUGUGGUUACUAUGCAUCACAGAGGUCUGGACAGCGACCUUUAAGCUGGCUUUGAUUGGUCCGUGGUCAUGUGACCCCAUGUUCUCCCGGGCAUUGCCGACGGCGGCGGCCAACUUGGCGUUGUCACGGUUACGGAGUGACAGCGGUCUGAGCCGAGGAUACUGGUACGAUGUCAAACUGCUGGAUGAGGACUGCUCCGCCUCCAAAGCUCUGACUGAACUCGGGGACAUGGAGGGUUAUGGCCACGCCUACAUCGGACCCUUUAGCCCCGCCCUCUGUCAUGCUGCCUCUUUAUUGACUCAGCACUGGGAAGCGGGCCUUGCCUCUCCAGGCUGUCUGGGUGCCGAUUGGCCGAACCUGCCGCCCAUCACUCCGCCUAGCAAAGUCCUCUUCACCGUGCUGCGCUUUUUCCGCUGGGCACACGUCGCCGUCAUCUCAGCUCCAUCUGAUCUAUGGGAGAGCACCGGACAGGAAUUGGCCUCUGCGCUCAGAGCUCUGGGCCUGCCCAUUAGUCCAGUGGUUACAAUGGAAACAAAGAAAAACGGUGGACCUCGGGAGGCGCUCAGAGCGAUCAGAGAGGCGGACAAGGUCAAAGUGGUGAUAAUGUGCAUGAGCUCUGUCCUGAUUGGUGGAGAGGAUCAGCGGGAGCUCCUAUUGGCUGCUCUGGACAUGGGGAUGGUUUCCGACGGCUACGUGUUUAUUCCGUAUGACGCGCUGCUGUACGCAAUGCCGUACCAGGACACAGUAUUCCCUCAGCUGACCAAUAGCACGCAGCUUCGUCACGCCUACAGCUCCGUCCUGACCGUCACCAUGGCGUCCGACCAGAGCUUCUACGAAGCCUUUCGUCAGGCUCAAAUCAACCGCGAGAUCCGGUCUGCUGUGGCCGCUACUGAGGUGUCUCCGGUCUUUGGGACCAUCUUUAACAUGGUGUACUUCGUUGCUAAGGCGGUGGAGGAGCGUCGUCAGGCAGGGGGCGGGCACUGGGUGACAGGCGAUCAGCUCGUCCAAUCAGAUGGAGGCUUUGAUUUCCCGGGUUUCAAUCAGGUAUUGUACGGAGGUAAAGAGGGGCGUGGCUUGCAGGCCAGGUACGUGGUGUUGGACAGCGAUGGCGACCAACUCGUGCCGACGCACACACUUGCUCCAACACACACAGAUGGGCCGGUUGGAGGCCUGAAACCUCUGAGUCGCUCCUUCAUCUUCCCUGGAGGAAAACCCCCCUCCGUCAGCUUCUGUUGGUUUAGUCCAGAGGAGGCCUGCAGUGGGGGUUUGGACAUGGCGACGAUGUUCUUCGCCUUCCUGCUGCUCUGUGCUCUGAUUGGAGCAUUUAUCUACUGGAUCAAGAAGUACAAGAGAAAAGCGAGCACCACUAAAAUUAUCCUGACUCUGGACGACAUCGUCUUCAUUGACACUCAAGUCAGUAAGAAGAAACUGAACGACGAGUCGAUCAUGAGGAGUCUUCUGGAUGUUAAAACUCCGUUCCGCUCGAUUGCUCGAAGUUACGUCCUGACGUCACCUGAGAGCUCCAACAUUGGAAUACUAGAGGGCGACUGGGUUUGGCUGAAGAAGAUUCCUGUUGGAAAUACGAUAACAGCUGUCAAUCAAAACACAGCGAGUCUGUUCAGCCAGUUGAGGGAGAUGCGACAUGAGAACUUGAACCUGUUCGUUGGUUUGUUUGUGGAUAUGGGGAUUUUUUCUCUGGUGGUUGAACAUUGUCCUCGAGGAAGUUUGGCUGACCUGCUGGCCGACAGCGAGAUGAGGCUGGACUGGAUGUUCAAGUCCUCUCUGCUUAUGGACCUCAUCAAAGGGAUGAAAUACCUUCAUCUUCGAGGUUUGAGUCAUGGCCGUCUAAAGUCCACAAACUGUUUAGUCGACGGACGCUUCGUCCUGAAAAUCACAGACUAUGGACUUCCAAUGAUCCUUCACUCCCAGGGCCUCAGCCUUCCUGAGGACCCCCAAGAGCUGCUGUGGAUGGCCCCAGAGCUCCUGAGGAAACCGUCUCGUGGCGGUUCGUUUUCUGGAGACGUUUUCAGUUUCUCCAUCAUCAUACAGGAAGUGAUCUCACGGACGCUGCCAUACGCCAUGAUGGACAUGCCGCCCCUUGAGAUCGUAGAGCGCCUAAAGCAGCCCCCCCCCCUCUGCAGACCCCUGGUUUCGGUGGAUGAGGCGCCUGCCGAGUGUCUCAGCAUGAUGAACGAGUGUUGGCACGAGGAUCCGAGUAAGAGGCCGAGCUUCGAUGACAUCUUCAAACAGUUUCGGGGCAUCAACAAAGGCAAGCGGGCGAACAUUAUCGACUCCAUGCUGCGGAUGUUGGAGCAGUACAGCUCCAACCUCGAGGAUCUGAUCAGAGAACGAACGGAUGAGCUGGAGGUCGAGAGGAACAAGACGGACAAGCUAAUCGGACAGCUGCUGCCAAAGUCGGUGGCUCAGUCUCUAAAGAAGGGGAAGCCGGUGCAGCCCGAACAUUAUUCAGACUGCACGCUUUACUUCAGCGACAUUGUGGGAUUUACUACGAUCUCCGCGCUCAGUGAACCCAUCGAGGUGGUGGACCUGCUGAAUGACCUCUACACGACGUUUGAUGCCAUCAUUGCGACUCACGAUGUCUACAAGGUGGAGACUAUCGGAGAUGCCUACAUGGUGGCUUCAGGUGUUCCCAACAGGAACGGGAAUCGACACGCAGCUGAAGUUGCCAACAUGUCGCUGGACAUCUUGCACUGCAUCGCUGGCUUCAAGAUCAAACACAUGCCGGAGAUCAAAGUGAAGAUACGCAUUGGACUGCACUCAGGUGCGCUGGUGGCAGGUGUGGUCGGCCUCACGAUGCCCAGGUAUUGUCUGUUUGGAGACACCGUGACCACGGCCUCGCUCAUGGAGUCCUCCGGACUGCCCUACAGGAUCCACAUCAGCCUGAGUACAGUGAAGGUCCUGACCAGCCUCAAACUUGGUUACUACAUCGACACCAGGAAGGCUCAGGUGAAGGGCACGGCGGACACGUUCUGGUUGAUGGGUCGAGAAGGUUUUGAUAAACCACUUCCUGUUCCCCCAGACCUCAUUGGCGGGGCUAGUAACCAUGGUAUCUGUCUGGAUGAGAUUCCAAUUGAAAGAAGACAAAAGUUUCUGGACCGACAGAAGAAGGCGGCAAAGAAAUGAACAUACACACACUCUCACUCACACACUACCUCAUGGACUGGGCAUUUUAUUUUUCAGCAUGUGAGAAAUUUUCAGAGAGAACUCUGAAGAUCUGAAGGAUUUGAUUUGACUUCCUCAGCUUUAAUUGGUCAACAUCACGUCGUAACAUUAAUAUUGAACCAGUCAAUUUCUGUGCCUCACGUGGGAAUGUUUAACGUUAUACAGUAAUAAUAAAAUAAUACAAAUAUGACCUGCUCACUGUACAUUAGCCCGCUUAUUACAUGGCUACUUACUAAAUAAAUCAAUAUUUUUAAAGAAAAUGUUCAUUUAAAAAUAGUUUUGCAGAUUUAAAAAUGAUUUUCUUAAUUAAAUUUCUUUUUUUUGUUUGCUCUGUUCAGGAAUCGAACUGUGUCCAGAGCAACGGUCGGUUAGUCAGACUUGGACGCGGUAGAAUGCCGUAAUUGACCAAUCAGAGUUGAGUACUUAACAAAGACAUGAAAUAAACCGAAAUAGUUAAUAACAGUAAUCAUAUUAUUGACCUUAUAUAUUAUUAUUCCAUUUAUAUAUUAAUAUUUUAUAUAGCUGUACAUACACAAUCUUACAGCGUUAACAAAAACAUUCUUGCUGUAGUGACUUGGAAAUGCUGGGAAAGGCUUAUGGAACUGUGAGACUAUUAUAUGAUGAAUGUAAAUCUUUUUUCUGGUCCUGACGUUUUAUUUUUUUAAACUUUAACACUUUGCCCUGAUGGAGCAACAGCGACAGUUUAUGAUAAUCAGAAAUCCCUUUUCCAGACUAACUGUGUUGUUGUAAAUAAAGUUAUCACGUGUGUGUUAGUCUUUUUACUUUAGUACGUUUUUCUGGUCUUAAUCCACAAAAUGUCAAAUCGAAAUUAUAAUAUAUAUUUUUCUUAGUGAAGACAAACAAAACAUGUACAAAGUAAUGGCAUGUAAAUAUAAAUGAGAACAUUUCUGACUAUCUCUAAAAAGGUGCAACAUGUGAAGUUCAAGUCUCAAAGUAAGAAACAAACGAUUCCAGUUUUUCACCACUGUCCACUGAACUUUAUAUUAAAACUCAAGAAGCGUACAAUUAUUAUCGUUCCAGUGAAUAAAGGUGAAAUCAAAGUCAUAAUCCAGGGAGUAAUUAUUAUGCUAAUAACAGAACUGCAUGUUAGUUUAUUUAUUCUCUAAAACCUGCCAUGUUACUAAUAAUACAAUAAAAUGUUCAGCACACAGCUCGUGUGUUUGUAAAGUGUUCAACAAUCUGACUGUUUUUGUUGUUUGUAGUUCAUUGGCAGUAUUAGACGCACUGUCCAUCAUUUUCAAAUACUGAGCCAGGCCUAUUUCUCAUUCAGGCCCGCGUGAUGCACCGUGUCGAACUUGGAGAGCUAAGGUCUCUUAGUCCUUCGUUUCUGGGUGGCAAGAUACCCGGGGCUUCGUUUGCAUAUAUACGUCUCGGUGCAUGCGUUUAAUUGCAGCUCCAGCUGCUGGCCCAGGUGUAGUUGACUAUGGACAGCUGCGUUCAAACUUUGUGUAGCGGGAGGCUGAGGCGUCAAGGCAUAGGUCCGUCUGGCCCUCUGUGUCUUCGGGGCGGCCUCCUGUGAGGGCCCCUGGGGAGCUUUGGCGACCGUCCCAGUCUCACUAGGCCAAGGGUCGGGAACCUAUGGCUCUUUUCAUGAUGCAAU